AUGGGAGAAGAUGACUACUUUCUCAGAAGCAAUUUAUCAAACAGCUUCUCUGCGUUAACUGUAAGUGGGAGAUUCAAUCACUACAAUGCCUCCAACAAUCAACCCAACAGAAAACCAAUCAAAGAAGACGACAUUCUUCAACAAAUCGAAGAACAAGAAACAGAAAUCUUACAGUUGAGGAAACACCUAGCGGAAUACACAGUCAAAGAAGCUCAAAUUCAAAACGAGAAACAUGUUCUCGAAAAACGAAUUGCUUCAAUGCACAAAGCCUUCGAUCAGCAACAACAAGACCUUUUUGAAUCCACCUCAAAUGCCAGAUCUUACAGACAAGAAAUAACCGAAGAGAACAUACGCCUGGGAUAUGCUCUGGGAAUCGCUGAAGAAGAAAGGUCAAUAUUUAUUUCAUCUUUAGCCCCUCUUCUUUCAGAUCUUUCUCUUCACCCCCCAUCUCUUGACGCAUACUCCAUUAUUAGCAACCUAAGAAUUCUCUUCAAACAUAACAAAGAACGCCUCGCCAUAGCAGACGAAAAGCUUAGAAAUCCACAAUAUCAGCCAUUAACGUUACAUCCUCAUAGAAGAGACGAUUCUUCUUCACAUUCACCAUGGACACACACAAACACACACUCACACUCAAACUUUUCUCCAUCACAAGAACCAGUUCAUAUCGAGAGACAAACCAACGAGCAACAAGAAGAAGAGGAAGAAGAAGAAGUAGUGAACUCGCAUUACCUCCCAUCAAUUCUCGAAGAACCUUCUUCUUCCUCACAACUCGAAGCCGAUGAUGAUUCAGACGACGAAAAUUUCAGCGACGAAAACGAAGAACAAGACCCGAACAAACCACUUCCAACAAUCGAAGGGCUACAGAUAUUAGGCGAAUCGUUUCCCGGAAACGAAAUCCAAGCAAGUGGUUACUCAAGAAACGGGACUACUCAUUGCGGAUUCGAAUGGGUUCGCCAUUUACAAGAUGGAUCUGUAAACUACAUAGAAGGAGCAAAACAACCGACAUAUACAGUAACAGCUGAUGACGUGGACACAUAUCUUGCUGUAGAAGUUCAACCACUCGAUAACAAACAACGAAAGGGUGAACUUGUAAAAUGUUUUGCAAAUGACAAUAAAAAAAUCACGUGUCACCCGGAUAUGCUUCGUGAGAUUGAGAAAAUAUUCAAUUUAGGUCAUGCGAAUUUUAAGUUGUUGAUUUGGAAAGAGUCUAGUGACACGUGGGAAAAUGGGAUGAUGGAAAUUAAGAAAAGUGGGUAUGUGAUAAAGAUUAAUAAUGGAAGUGUUGUGGUGGAUGAAAAGUAUGCAGCAAAUAUGGUUGUUAGUUUACCAGGGGAAAUGCCAUUGGAGUUUUCGAUACUUAGUAGUAGUGAUGUUGAGCAUUAUUUACGUGUGGAUGAUAAUUUGAAUGAUGUGAGUUGUUCAAGAGAUACGAUUGUGUUAACGAUGAGGUUGUUUAUAAAACGGGCUGUUGAUAGGAAGCUAGGGAAGAAAAAGAGGAGGGGUUUGUUCUUCAAGUAA